UGCAUUACGAGAUAAUCUUAACUUGACCAAAUUAAUAACCCUAAUUUUACAUGAUGUUGGGGGCGUCAUCUGAAUUGUUACGAUAAACUUAAAAAUUCAGUUGGUUUCACAAUCAUUUUAGGGCAACCAGUUUAAGAAAUCACAAUCUAGACGUGAGUCGAUUAAUUCUCUCUCGAAUCAAUACUGUGGGACGUGACAUCGGAGUGUCGGAGAGUAUGCAAUGUCGACGGUGUACGUACUUGAGCCGCCGACGAAAGGCAAGGUGAUUCUGAAGACAACUUACGGGCCGCUGGACAUCGAGCUCUGGCCUAAAGAGGCCCCCAAAGCUGUCCGGAACUUCGUGCAGCUCUGCCUCGAAGGCUACUAUGACAAUACCAUCUUUCACCGAAUCAUCAAGUCCUACCUCAUUCAAGGCGGUGACCCAACCGGCACUGGCACUGGUGGGGAGAGUAUUUAUGGUGGUGUGUUCCCCGAUGAGUUUCACUCUCGUCUAAGAUUCAAACACAGGGGUCUGGUUGCGUGUGCUGGUGCUGGUUCACCCAAUACAAAUGGGAGUCAGUUCUUUGUAACAUUAGACAAAUGUGAUUUUCUUGACAAGAAGCACACGAUUUUUGGAAAGGUAACCGGUGAUUCAAUCUACAAUCUUCUAAGCCUAGGUGAAGUUGAAACUGAAAAGGAUGAUAGGCCACUGGAUCCUGUCCCUAAAAUAUUAUCUGUCGAGGUAUUGUGGAAUCCAUUUGAUGAUAUUGUUCCAAGGGUAACAACUACAAGGGCUUUAGCCUCUUCAGCUGACACUGACAAAAAGGAUAAAAACCAGAAACCUAAAAAAAACUUGAAUUUGCUUUCAUUCGGGGAAGAAGCAGAGGAGGAGGAAAAAGAAUUGGCUACCAUCAAUGUGAGGAUAAGAAGCAGUCAUGAUGUGCUUGAUGAUCCUCGCCUGCUCAAGGAAGAAAACGCUGAUGAAGCUUUGAAGUUAUCUGAGAAAAAAACAGCAAGGGAUGUCCAAAGUGUCAAAGAAGCAUUACGGUCAAAAAAGGAUGAGGUAUCAAGAGAAUCAGAAGCAAGAUCUCCUGAAUCCCGUAUUGAAAGUGAUGAUGACGAUGAUGAUGCCAACUUUGAUGCACGAAUGCGUAGGCAGAUACUGGAAAAGCGAAAGGAACUAGGAGACAUGCCGACAAAGCUAAAGUCUUCUAAUGAGAACUCCAAGGCAAAGAUUCCUUCAAGGUCUGCUGAAGAAAGUGAUGGGCAACCAAAAGUUGAAAGAUUAUUUAUAAAGAAGAAAGGAAUUGGGUCUGAUUCAAAGGCUGAACGCAUGGCUACAGCAGAUGCAGACUUGCAAUUACUGACCGGAGCUGAAAGAGAAAGACAACUGUUGAAACAAAAGAAGCGCAGACGUCAUGGACAAGAAGAUGAAGUAUUAGCAAAGUUGGAAAAGUUUAAGGCAUCAAUGUCUAAAAAGCCCAAUGGUGAAAAUGAAGGAGGAAAGAGCGAGGAUUUAUCUGAUUGGGCGUCUGUCAAGCUAAAAUUUACUCCUGAGCCUGCAAAGAACAAUAUGUCUCGUAGCAAUGACCCUAAUGACUAUGUGGUGCAUGACCCUCUUUGGGAGAAAGGUAAAGAGAAGUUCAAUAAAAUGCAAGCGAAGCAGAAGCGCCGAGAACGAGAAUGGGCGGGGAAGUCUAUUACCUAAGCUCAUAUGUCCAUACGGGAUUUAAACUAUGCAAGGAACGAGCGAGCCAGACUUUAGUAUACCUGCCUGCCGCUCAAUCACUCAUACGGGAUGCAGCGCCUCUAGGUAAACUCCUCCUACUGAUGAAAUUUGCAAGCCAUUUUUGUACCAGCAAACAUUCUCUCUGCGCUAAAUACAUUCCAAACUGAUGUAAGAUUGUCCUGGAAAUGUAAUUUUACUUUUUACACUCCCUCCCUCUUUAUUUAAUGGGUUGAUUCAGAUUUGAUUUCUA